AUGGAGGAAGAUAUCCUGGAUUCUCCGACAGAAACCAAACAUAUGCCUCCUUCUCCUUCUCAACCCAUCCUCUCUCCUCACUCCUCCACCUCCCAGCACGUUACCCCAACCCACUCCCAGCACGUUACUACAGUCCCCUCCCAGCAUGUUACCCCAGCCCACUCCCAGAACGUUACUCCAGUCCCCUCCCAGCAUGUUACCCCAGCCCACUCCCAGAACGUUACUCCAGUACCCUCCCGGCACGUUACCCCAGUACAGUCCCCGCACGCUCCGCCUCUACCUUUCCAAAACAUGCAUCCGGAGGAUUUUAUGAAACCUUUAGAGAUAAACGAAGAAGAAUCAGUGCUCCCUACUCCCAGGGUGAGACGAUUAACUAGACAUCACACCCUCAAAUACUCAGGGGGAGCUCUUCAUGAUCUAAAUCAAUCACCUUCCUUCGAUCAUACUCAUAAUCAAUCAAAUCAGUUUAAUCACUCACAAAAUCAAUCAGCUUCCUCCGAUCGAACAAAAAAUCAAUCGGCUUCCUCUGAUCAACCGAAAAAUCAAUCAGCUUCCUCAUAUCGACCGAAAAAUCAAUCGGCUUCCUUUGAUCGAACGUUUGACCCUCCUGCUUCCAAACAGCGUAUAUUCUCCCCUCGGCAGAGUUCUCUUCAAGAACAGGAAUUCCUGGAGGAUCGAAAUGAAAGAAAAUUAUCAAGAGAGGGUAGGCGACAAGCCAGACAUACUUCAAUAAAUGAUGAAGACGACUUAGAGGACCGAGUACAGUCUGAAGGGAGUAUGCGGUAUAAGCUACCGCCUCUUGUUAAUGUCGAGGAUGAUCGGGCCUCCCUUAGGGGAGAUCAGAGUGAUGAGAAUAGAGAGAACUCUCCCUCUUUCAAACCUUCUCUACUUGUUGUGAAUCCUACAGUAUUUAAAUCUGCGUCUAUGUCUAAUAUGUCUUCUAUGUCUGGAAUAUCUGGAGACUCCACCAACUCUAUCCCUGCAAGGAACCGAAUAUUUGUUGGAACGUGGAACAUGAACGGACAGAUACCUCCCCGUCAUCUCUGUGAGUUCCUGCUGCCGGCCAACCUACAGUAUGUUCCUGAUGUGCUUGUUGUUGGAACACAAGAAACAUUUCCAGAAAAAACAGAGUGGGAG